AUGUCGACACCACAAUUCGCGACUUUUCGUCGCUUUGUGCUCACAGGCAGCAUUGCCGCCGUUACGGCUACUGGAGCUUGGUAUGGCGCUGGCUUGAAGAUGAAGCAAGAUAUAAAACAGGAGAAACAAAAGGCAGCCGAAUCAACACCACUCCAACAAAUAACAGAACUGGAAACCUACCGCGCCAACCUCAUGCAAAAGAAAAUCAUGCUGGACAAGAAGAUUGAUGAGUUGGACAUGAAGAAGAGAAAGGAGGAGAGGAGGAGGUUGAAGGCAUUGCAGAAGCUGGAGAAAGAAAAGGCCGAGAAAGGGGAAUAA